AUGCUUGUUGGCGAGAAGAACGACGUUGACCAUGUUGAGAAGGCACAGAAUCCCUCAAACCCCCGUAAUCUGGAAAAUCACCCCGAACAAGACUGGACUUUAGAGGAAGAGCGAACUAUCGUGAAGAAGGCCGAUUGGAGAGUGUUUCCCAUGCUCCGUCAGAUCUUCAUCGUCGAAGGCAUUGCCACGGUCGUAGCAGGCUUAGUCGCAUCGUUCUUCCUCGUGGAAUUUCCAGAAAAGGUCGGCUUCUUGACUAAUCGUCAGAAGCACAUUGCUAUUACGCGAGUGUCCAUGGAGAAGUCGGGCAAGCAAAUCGAGCACGCCACAGUCAAAGAGACACUACGAAUGAUAUGUGAUUGGAAGCUGCUCAUUUCCAUACAAUACUUUGUAGCUGCAUCAAGCGUAUACUCGUUGGCUUUUUUCCAGCCCAUCAUCCUGCGACAAGGAAUGGGCUUCAGCUACGCCAAAGCGCAACUGCUCUCGUCGCCACCGUACAUUUUCACUGUGUUUGCUUCACUCGCAACCUCCUGGCUUUCAGAUAAGAUUCGUUUGCGAUGGCCGAUCCUCGUGGGCCAGUCCAUCAUUGCUAUCAUCGGCCUCCUCCUCGUUCUGUAUCCAAAGCCUCCAGCUGCCAGGUACUUCGGUUUGUUCCUUGCAACCUGGGGAACGCAGGGCAAUGUCCCAGCGUCUCUGGCGUACGGCAAUAAUCAAACUGCGCGGGUCCAGAAGCGUGCUGUCGUUGCCGCUGUUAUGAUCUCGGUCGGGGCAGCUGGCGGAGUGACUGGUAGUACAAUAUUCCAAGCCAAAGAUGCGCCGCAAUAUCUUCCAGGAAUGUGGGCGACCAUCUCGAUGCAGAUACUAUACUCAAUCGUCACAAUCUGUAUGUCUAUGUUUUUCAAGCGCCAGAACAGGCUUGCAGAUGAUACGGGGAAGACCCUGGAAGGUGUCGAAGGGUUUCGUUACGUCCCGUAA